AUGUCUCCCUGCCGUCAACCAAAUCAUACCAAAGAAGCCCCACCUCCGCGGCCAUUUUAUAACCAGGCAGUCAUUGCCAAUGGCUUUGUUUUCUGCUCCGCCCAACUUCCCAAGGAUUCUACAGGAAGGAUUGUCGAGGGCACCGUCCAGGACCGUGCGCAUCAAUGCAUUAGAAACUUGAAGCCCGUGCUGGGAUCAAUUGGAUCCAAUCUCGAGAAAAUGGUCGAAGUAAAUGUUGUCCUGUUGGAUAUGGAGGACUUUGAGAAAAUGAACGAGGUUUACUUGGAAUGGUUUGGUGACAUCAAGCCCGUUAAAAUAUAA